AUGCGAUACACGUACCUCGGCGGGAACAGCUGGUUCGCGGAGAUGCGCGUCUCGAACGUGCGCGUCCUGUGCGAUCCUUGGCUCGUCGGCGACCUGACGUUCUUCGACAUGCCCGCGCUGUACGUCGGACGAAAGGCGCUGUCGGAGAGCGAGCGAUGGCUGGACCUCGCGAGAGGCGCGGACGUGAUCUUACUCUCGCAGGGGUGGGAGGACCACGCGCACGUCCCGACGCUCAAGGCGCUGCUGAAGACGAUCCCGGACGUCCCGGUCGUCGGGUCCCCGGCGGCGGCGGACGUCGCGCGCGGGCUCGGCUUCGCGAACGUCACUUCGCUGCGCGCCAACGCGCGAACCGUGAUUCGCCCGAGACGCGCCGACGCCGACGCCGACGCCGACGCCGACGGCGAAGGGCUCGCCAUCAUCGCCACGGAGGGCGCGCUCGUGGGCCCGCCGUGGUCGACCAGGGAGGCCGGGUUCGUGCUCACGGACGGCGCGGACGGCGCGCGGCUGUACUACGAGCCGCACUGCUCGUACGACCCCGAGUCCGUGCGCGCGGCGACGCGCGCCGCCGGCGGCCGCGUCGACGCGUGCGUCACACCGAUUCGCAGCGUCGACGUCGCGGGGUUCACGCUCGUGAGCGGCGGCGCCGAGGCCGCGACGCUGCUCGAGCGACUCGGCGUCCCGCGCGUCGUGCUACCGCUGAGGAACGGCGAGCUGGAGCAGGAGGGCGCGAGCGCGGGGUGGCUCGGCACGGACGGGACGACGCGCGACGCGUUCGCGAGGGCGUGCGACGCGCGGUUCGGCGAGGGACGAACGACGGUGGAGUGGCCGACGCCGGGGGAGGGGAUAGAGAUAGAGGUGGUGCGGUAG